AUGCGCAGGCGGAAUAACCACGUAAACUCCAACGUUACCUUCAAGGAUGGCUUACUAUCCAUCCCCGGAUACACGUUCCAAAAGGCCUUCCCAUGGAACGAUACCGGUAGUGGCACGCUUCUCUGCGAAGGUAGUAGUCUGAAAGAUGGCUCCUUGAUUCUUGCCAAGGUCGCCCCAAUACAUUCUAAUGCGUCAAUAUGUCUCGAGCGAGAGGCACACAUUCUAGGAAAGAUGGCUGAAUCGGCAGAGGCAGUCAGCGCGACCCUUAGGAUGAUCGAUUUCGUGACAAUUCCCCAUGCAAACGGUGACUGCGUCGCACUGCUGCUCCAACACCCUGGCCUCAACCUCCUCGGUCGAUAUUUCCCGCCCUCUAAAGUGAACGAUUUCUUGCUAUCCGACCCAAACAGACCGAAACCAGAUACCACGUUCGAUGACACAUACAUGCUUGAGAGCGAUAUGGUUAAUAGCAUUCAGCUGGAUUCGUUUGAUGUGAUCGACUUAGCAUCCUUUCUCGAAGUCCGAGCGAACGCGUUUCAUCAUAAUGCACACACGGGCGUGGUUCGGAUAGUUCACUUUGGCAACCGGGCCAUUUCACUUGAGGAAGCUGGGGGGGCCUCCGGUCACGUACUCAAAUCCAUCGAUGAGAUGGAACGGUAUCGCAUCAAGGAAGCUCUGUGCUACUUAGCUCCUGAGCAAUCGGGAAGUACCGAUGUCACUCUCCAGGACCACAGGACCGACCUUUACUCUCUUGGUGUUAUGUUGUGGACACUUAUUGUUGGCCAGGGCAUCCUUCCAUUUGAAGGAGAACCUGCGGAGAUUCUGCAUGCAUUGGUGCAGAAAAAGCCUUUGCCCGUUCACGAAGUGCGUGGAGACGUGCCGAGCGUCAUAGGGGAUAUUAUCGACAAGCUAAUGGAUAAAAGCAUGGAUGCACGAUACCAAAGCGCUUUUGGGCUGAAGGCUGAUUUGCUAGAGUGUCAGCGACGACUUCUAGCCGUAGUGUCCUCUUCGAUAGGUCAGCCAACAGAGCUUAUACCGGCAUUUGAGAUUGCCGCUCAAGAUCGAUACUCGACUUUCUCGAUACCUUUGAUCCUUUUUGGAAGAGAAAAGGAACUGGAAAUGAUACGAAACGUCACACGAAACACGCUGACUAGUUUUUCACGAGAUGUUUCUGCUUCGAAAGGCCUCACUAUUACUUCAUCCACUGGCACUGAUAGUCAAGACACGGGGACGGGAACUGGGACAGGGACAGGCGGAGAUGGUCACAGUGAUUCCGCUUCUUCUCGCAGCGUGUCUUCCGCUGGUAUGAGGAGUCAUGAGGGCAGCCCCAAAGGCUCAUCAUCAAGAUUGUUGCCGACAGAGAUCGCAGGAUCACCGACUAAUCCCAGCUCUAUGAACGAAGGGCUUAGACGCGUCGUACUGAAGCAACGGACCCGUGCCAUUCGUUCCCAUGUCAUCGUCGUAUCUGGACCUGCAGGUAUUGGCAAGAGCUCUCUGGUAUUAGCAAAUCAGAUAAGAUGGCGCUCUCAUGGUUUGUGGGGUCAGGCCAAGUUUCAACGCUUGGACAACGCUCCAUAUGAAGCCUUGCUAGGCUGCAUCUCGUCCAUACUCCGACAGUUGAUGGCGAAUAAAAACGAUCUCCAUACGUUUGUUACUUCGCUGCAAGAGCGAAUGGGCCAACACCUUCAGAACGUUCCCCUUCUAUAUCAAGGUAUACCUGAAAUCAAGGACAUCCUCGAAUUUUUCAGCAUCACCAUAGAUUCUCCUCAAGAUCGACUGGCUACUUCAGAACUCCGAGCCCGGUUCCAGUCCCUUCUGGAAAAUAUGCUGCUGGCGAUCUCAGAGAUCAAGACAAUUGCCCUCUUUUUUGAUGACUUGCAUGAAGCAGAUGAUUCAUGUCUAGACAUGGUUGAAGCCUUAAUUAACGCUCGAAUACGUAUGCUCAUUUUCAUAACAAUUCGGGAUGACGAUGCCGCCCUGGUCGAUAGAGUCAAGUCAAUGAGCACGAACAAAUCCCGCGUCGCCUGGAUGAAUCUAGAUCCGUUGAGUUAUGCCGCCAUGUCUUCUUUGGUAUCGAAGACACUCCAUCGGAACAAGGAAGAUUGUACACCACUGAGCCGCCUUGUGUAUACGGCAUCAGCGGGUAAUGCGUUUGUGGCACGCAAUAUCUUGCACCAAUUUCAUCGUCUGCACUAUAUCACCUUUGACUGGGCACGAAAUAGUUGGCAGUUCGACAUCAACGCAAUAGAAGCCAAUCAACAUCAGCACAUCGCGGUAGAUCCCAUGGACCCUACAUACCUAGUCUCGCACUUCAGAGAACUAGCAGAAGAGUCCAGAAAGUAUCUCAUUUGGGCAUCAUUCUUUGGUUCGACAUUUCAAGUGACUGAGGUAGCUAUUCUCAUGGAAUGGGAAGAUACUAGUGGAAGCAGCAGCGAAGAAGACAGCGAAGAUCAGUGGGACUUCACAAAAACAGUGUCUAUGCUGAAGAACCGGGUACCAGCCGCACGCAGCGCAAUGCGCGGGCUACAGGCAGCAGUUUCGGAAGGAUGGAUUAUACAACGAGGGCGGGAUUUGUGCAGCUUCGCCCAUGACAGGUAUAGACAUACGGCCCAGCUCGAGGCACAAAGACUUCCAGAGCCAGUUGUCGCGAAGAUGUCGUUUAGGAUUGUACUUAUGAUGCUUCACGACAAUGAUCUGGAUGUUCACCGCAUUGCUGAACACGCCAAACGGUGCUUGCCUUUGCUCCUCGAGCAUCCCAAGCGAGAAGAACUUCUGGGCCUGACAUGUGAUGCUGGGGAUUCCGCAUGGACUCGUGGUGCUCACGAGCGUGCGCUUCAUGCUUAUACAAGCGCAAUCACCCUACUUCGUGCUAACUCGUGGGAAGAGCAUCCAAGGCGGUCCUUUCAAUUAACGUCAAGAUUGGCUGCUCUUCUCACUUGGAAAGGAGACCUCAGCAGAUCUGACGAGCUAAUCGAAGAAUGCCUUGUUCGAAUAAACUCUGCUGAAGAACGCGCACAGGUCCUGCGUCUCAGGUCAAACAACCAUUGGUUGCGAAACAACUACACGACUGCGCUGCAGGAUACAUUACUUGCACUACAGGUUCUUGGCGUGAAUGUCACCGCAGACGCGUCAAAGGAGGAUGCCGAUGCCAUGUUUGAAGUUGUCAAGAACGAAAUUUUGGCCAUAGGUUUUGAUGGCAUCCUCAGCAUACCGAGAGGAGAGGAUUCGCGGACUGAUCUUGCUAUAGCCUUGUUGGGAGAUGCCGGAUUCAACGCUUAUUGGGGUAGGGGCGAGGGAUUCGUAGACGUAACAGGUUUGACGACUGUUCGGCUUGCAUUGCAUCACGGUAUGUCUCCAGGGACAGCGCUGGGGUUUUUAUGGGCUCUUGCAGCUGCAGAGCGGCGAGAAAUGUUUAGGUUUGCUAGUGAACUUGGUAAGAUGGCCCUACAUUUAGCAGACCUUCACGGUGGGAGCAUGGAGAAAUGUCGAGCGCGUGUAUUGUACUGCGCCAUGGUGGCACCUUACGACAACGUACAUUUGCGGAUGAACGUUGGCCGGCUCAUUGAUGCGCGAAGAUACGGCCAAAGCGCUGGUGAUCGCGUGUUUACUGGGUUUGCGAGCCUCCACAUGGCAACGGGUCGACUGUGGAUCUGCGAUCAUUUGAGCGAGGUUGUAGCAACUGCCGAAGAAUGCGUUAGUGACAUCGUCUCCUGGACCCCGGGUGCGGAUGCUGUGAUACUGGCAAGAGGCGUGUUGAACUGCGUCCGCGCAUUGGGCGGAUACACAGAUGCCAGCAGUGUCGACACGAUCUUCGACACCGAGAAUUUCCGUGAAAGCGAGUACUACGAACAAGCAAAAUCGACAUGCAGCAACUAUCUUCUGUCAAUUAGCUGGUAUAAUUGUUUCAAGGUUGCAGGGCUGUUUUGCACUGGUUUCAUUGAGGCUGCCGCCGUGCUCGGGUUUUCAACUUACGAAUACAGAGAUGCCCACCCAAAUCAUCGACAUAGCCGUUAUGCCGCAUUCUUCCACAGCUUAUCGUUGAUUGAAUGCAUCAGGAGAGGUCGCCUUUCCGAAACACAGCAGAGCCAAUAUCUCAAACAAGUCGAACUCAAUCAAGCUUUCAUUCGCAAGUGGCUGCCUGCAAGUCCAGUCAACGUAGGCGCAUGGGUUGCACUUGUGGACGCAGAAUGUGCCUCCCUGUUCAAUGACAUGGAUGCAUUGAAAAAAUAUGAUAUAGCCAUUAAGUUGGCUACUAUGUAUGAUUGGCAUCUUGAAGCCGGGUUUGGCUUGUACUUGCAAGGUUGCCAUCUGGUGCGAAACGGCGUCGACGACUUGGGCGGCGAGCUGCAGAGACGUGGUAUUGAUAGGCAAGCAUCAUGGGGAGCCCAGGGCAUUGUUCAACAUCUCAGAGCUAUUGUUGGCGCUUCUGAGCCUCCGACCAAACGGUCUAUCUUCAAAGUGGAUGCUGAAGUGCAGACCGAAAGUGUUCAAACCGGUUUCUUAGGCAUACCUUCUCCUUCCGGAUACGGGGAACCGUUCAAAGAAAGCUCUGAGGAGGAGACUGAGGUGGCUUCGAUGACAGCUUCGGAUCUUGCAUCUAUCCUUAGGUGGAGUAAAGAAAUCUCGACUGCUCUCAGCCUGUCGUCAGCACUUCAGAGGUUGACCGAAAUCGUGACUGGUAAGCUCGCCACAUGGCUUCGUAUCUUGAGACUGAUCCAGUAUGAAGAGGUUUCGUCGUCUCGUAGUUCGUGCAUUGUCAUGACUGGACAAUCUGGAGCGUAUAAUGUCGCCACGCUAUACAACCCACCAGAAAUGUGUCAAGUGUUUGAGAAUCCAAGAACCAUCAGCUCGUUAGAGGAUCCGUUACAAAGAAGUGUUUUGCAUUUAAUCACAUCCUCAAAGCAAAGGGUUUACCUUGAAGACGCAGGGUCAGAUCACCGCUUUGCGCUUGAAGCCGAGGAAUCUCCAUGUCGCUCCGUCAUAUGCCUGCCUAUUUCCAACAAUCGAGGUCAAGUCUUUGGCGCCGUCUAUGUAUCUUCUGAAUACGCUUUUUCUCGAAAUACCCUUUCGCUCCUUUCGAUUCUGUGCCAGCAGGCUAGUAUCAGCAUUGCGAGCGCCCUCUUGUUCCGUUCUGUUCAAGCUGGAACCCGCGAAAAUCUGAAGAUGAUCGCAGCUCAAAGGGAGGCACUCGAAGCAGCACGAAGGAGUCGUGAGGAUGCACUGAAAGCAGCGAAGAUCAAGAGCAACUUUUUAGCAAGUAUGAGCCACGAAUUGCGAACGCCUUUCAGUUCUUUCUACGGCCUUCUCGACCUUCUGAAUGGUACAGAGCUCAACCCCGGUCAGAGUGAAAUAGUCCAUGCUGCCAAACAAUCGUGCGAGCUUUUGCUCAAGAUCAUCGACUCCAUCCUCGACUACAGCAAGCUGGAAGCGUCAGCUGUCAAGCUUGAGUACUCUGGAUUUCCAGUUGAAGAUACAAUCGCAGACUGUAUGGAGCUUCUACUUCCAAUGGCGGUAAAAAAGCUGGAUCUGUCAUUCAAUAUCGAUAGGGAUGUCCCGAGCUGGGUCGUCUCUGACUACGCUCGUAUACGUCAAGUCCUCAUGAACCUGAUCGGUAAUGCCGUCAAAUUCACCCCAUCAGGAUCUGUGAUCGUGCAAUGCGGCAUUGAUAACUCCGCUGAAAGUGAACCGGGGGCGGUACAGCUAAAAUUUACCAUCCAGGAUACGGGCAUCGGAUUGUCCUCGAACGCCAUGGAUAUGCUCUUUGUGCCGUUCCAACAGGCUGACAAUUCGUCUACACGCCGUUUCGGUGGUACAGGCUUGGGCUUAUCCAUAUCUCGUCAGCUGGUUCAACUGAUGGGGGGCGUCAUCGGUGUCUCAUCCGAACUGGAUGUUGGUUCGGUAUUCUGGUUUAAGAUACCGGCCAAGAUAUAUGACGGAGAAGAAGUCACUAAAGCAGAUGCUGAACUUUCAAGGCUUCGAGGAUCGCUCAUGACACCUCGGCCAUUGCGAGUACUUGUUUGCUCUUCCUCUAAUUCCACGUUGACGCUUCUCAAUACGAUGCUCGCUGGUUUUGAUGUGGCAUCUGUCGAUUGUUUCGAAGAAAUCAAGUUCCACCUUAAUCAACGGCAGUCAGGACAAGCGUUGGAUUACAUUAUCCUCGACGAUCAGUCCGAUCACAAUUGCGCCGAGGUAUCACAACGUAUUGGACCUGGAAAGGGCGUUGCUCUGGAAGAAACUAGAGUCAUACAACUUUACACGCCAACGGUAGACCAUCUGGGGGGUCCUGCAACUUUCCACAGCGCGACACCGGGUGUCGUGAAGAUGACAAAACCACCCCGGAGACUUCGACUUCUUCAUCUUCUAGCCAGUCUGAAAAACAAUGAUGAAUCGCUUGUUUCGACACCAUCAACCGACGUGUCCAAGGCAAUGGAUGCUAUUAGUACUGCUCGUCGCACUCUUUUUGGCAACGUACUCAUCGCAGAAGAUAACCCAGUUGCCCGAAACCUACUCAUUAAACAGCUAGAGCGGCAUAAUCUCAAUGUGACGGCGACUACGAAUGGGCACGAGGCGAUUGAAGCGUGGGAGUCCCAUGAGCCAGGCUUCUUUGCUGUAGCCCUUUUUGAUCAUCACAUGCCCGUUUGUGACGGUGUCGAGGCUGCAAAGCGUAUACGAUUUUUGGAAAACAGCAAACAGAUUCCUAUUACAUUGCCAGUUAUUGCGCUCAGCGCCGACUGCCAAGAGUCCACCAAGCAACUUUGCAUGAGCGCAGGGAUGAAUGCGUUCUUUAGUAAACCCCUCCGGAAGGGCGAUCUUGUUACGCUGCUAUCUUCGUUCACUCCAUCUACGGCGCAAUCUAUUGCAUUCCAGGAUACCCUUCAAUAA